UGGAACGUUCGCACGCUUUUCCCGUGGAAAAUCGGUAACCGGUCGCGACUGUUAAGGCACAUUGGGUUCAGUGUUUGAAUUCGAAACACGUGUGUGAAUUAAGACAUUCGUCCUCGCCGACGGCACGGGAGUGCAAUCUGUUGUGGACCGUUGUGGCCAACGAUAACGUUGUUUUUUGUGAUCUAGUGAAAUAGGUGACCGAAGAAAUCCAGCAUAACGUUCACCCAAGGAUAUUAGGACGUGGGGACAGUGGCCAGUAGGCGGAGAAAAAACUCGAAGAGACCAUCCAAGUGGACCGACCAGUAGGCAGCAACCGACCGACGGUGUGAAAAAGAUCACGUUUCCAUCGUUAUCCUCACAAAGCUACAAUAGUACCGAAUGAAUGACCUUGCACAGUUGCACGCUGGCUUUCUCCGAUAGAACUAGAGUUUUUAUUUUGCCUUUAUCAUCAGGGAACGUACAAUGACUGCAAAGAAGGAUAAAGACUAUAAGGGGCAUAAACACGGAAGUGAGCUAAGUGCAACAGCUUUGUCAUCGAAACUAGACGCACAUCUACAGAACGGUAGCACCGCCGCAGGUUUGAUCACAUCACAAGACCCUCUGAAGCGCACCAACAAACCACUCAUGGAGAAGCGCAGGCGAGCACGAAUCAAUCAGAGCUUAGCUAUCCUCAAAGCUCUUAUACUGGAAUCCACGGUCAAAACCAAAUCCGGCGACGGUCAAACUAAGCACUCUAAACUAGAGAAAGCCGACAUAUUGGAGCUCACAGUAAGGCAUUUUCAGCGACAUCGCAACUUGGACAACCCUGCGAUCGACAAAUAUCGGGCAGGAUAUACAGACUGCGCCAGAGAAGUGGCGCGCUACCUGGCCACCCCCGAGCCGCCACCACUUCCCAGCGUGCCCACGCUCACCGAUGCGGGAUCGAAAGCUCGUUUGUUGAGGCAUCUGGAUAACUGCAUCGCGGAAAUUGAUACCGAAAUCUGCCCGAAAAUGUCCAACGGCAGUGCGACGGAAACUACCAAAGUGGACCCAAUCUAUGAAAAUCAUUCAACGAUAAAGAAAACGAAAGACAUCCUGGACUACGGUGGACAGGACUCGAAUCCGUUGGACUUCAGCAAGACUAAUCGCGAAAUUGGCAGAUCCCCGUACACGUAUCGAAGCCCUUCGACGGACCUCGGGUUGCUUACACCCACACCGAAAGCGCACCAUCAAGAUGAAAACAACAAUCGCGGAAAUCACAGGGCAAAAUCGUUGCACUCCCCACAACCUCUAGUGUCGCAUCAUAUGGAAGAUAUGGCCCAGAGCAGCGACCUGAUUAGUGUUCAAAGUCAGCCUGGCAGUAGUUCGGGCGUAGUGCCACCCUUUGCUAGUCAUUCCUCACUCAACAAAAUGAUCCUCAAUCAGCAGCAGAAGCUAAUCGAUAUGAAUAGUCUCAAAAACUGCCGUAUCAACCCGACAGCUAUCAAACAAGAAUCUGGUCUUUUAUCCAGUGGGUACGUCACUUCGCCAAGCAUUUCUUCCCCAACUCCAUCUAAUGGAAAUAUGGAAUCAGAUAAAGAUGUCUCAAAUCACUCCGAACAUGUUGCACCCCCACCAUAUCCUCCACAGGUUCGAAUAAACGACGGUCAAAUGGCCCUUCUUAUACCUGAUCACUACAUUCAACUGGCAACAGCGCUCGGUCUCAACACGCAACCCAUUGUAGAACAUCCCCCCACACAUCCUGCCACUGACUUCGAGUCUCUGAUUGAGCAAAACCGACGACAGGCGGCCAUGCACGAGAAAAUGACGGCAGACAUUCUGGCCAACCUACACUCACUCCCGGAGAACGUAGAUGAAAAUUACUGGGAAUUGUACAAGAAGUCGCUAGGCAUCCCCGACUCAAUCAGCAAAAUGACUCUUGAAGAUGUACGGGCUUUGAUGGCAAAGCCUACUCCUAAACCCCCAACGCCGCCACCAAUCACAAAGAUGGAAGUUGACGAUCCUGUUGAGGAAAAGCCCCUUUCCGUAACCGAUAUCGGAGACGACGAAAACGAUUGUUCGAAUCACAGUAUUAAGAAAGAAGCGAGUCCAGCAAGUCCCAUGGCAGGUUCAUCUCAUGAUGCAACCGAAGAGAAGCACCGCGAAGAUGCGGAUAAUCUCGCAGGACCCAGCAGCUCGUAUGAAAAUAUCUCAUCGAACGAAGGACCUUCUCAUGAUCAUCACAAUGAUGGCUCAAGUGAUGACAGCAUGUGGCGGCCCUGGUAGAAAACUAGCACUAUAGAUAAAUGUGUACAUAAGUCAUGAUUCGUGCAAUAUUUUAGUGAUAUAUCAAACUAUUGAGGUAUUAUCCGAAUGUCGUCCCUGUAGCUCUAGAUCAAUCAGUAGACAUUGGAGUGUAAUUACUCACAUUCAUUAAAAAAGCUUUACAACCUCUUUACCAGUUCAAGCACCAGCUGAGAAGACUACACUACAAGAAUACUACCUUACCAUGAUAUGCAUGAAAAUGAGUGCCAAUUCGUAGCUCUUUGGCAUCUCAUACUUGGAGAACAGUGUAUUCCUAACACUAUAAAAUUGAUCUCAUCUGUAAUUUUAAAUAAGAACUGCUAUCGCUUGUGCUACAGCAACAUAAGGCUAACGGGUGCAAUAUUCACUAUACACAAAAAGCAAAAAGUAGAAGAAUCCAAAUGAACUUCUUAGAAGGAAAACCAUUUUCAAGCAUCACUCCUAGUGGGGAAAAAUAUUUGGAUUAUCAAUCAGUCACAUAAAAUCAAUUCAAAAUUGACACAACCAAAAUCUAAUAUUAUUGUUCAAUGUUUCAGGAAAAUAGUGGCUAAAAGCGAAAUUUGUCAAAAACAAGUAACCUGUUCUCUGCUGAAAUACUGUAUGGUAGAGUGUAGAAGUAAACAAACAUUCAAAA